GAGGGGGAGAGAACGAGCAUCAAGUCACCAGGACAGAUCCACCAUCCACAAUCCACACACUGUAAGGUACAAGUACCACAAGGAGACUAUAAUCCGCUAAAAUAAUGGAUGGGACAAAGCCGGCAAUGGAGCCCAACGCGGAGGAGACUCAGGACGAGGGACAGGAGAGCAAAGGAUGCUUCGAGUGCUGCAUCAAGUGUCUGGGUGGGGUUCCCUACGCUUCACUGGUAGCCACCAUCCUCUGCUUCUCAGGUGUCGCUCUGUUCUGUGGCUGUGGCCAUGUGGCACUGACCGGCACCCUGACCAUGCUGGAGAACCACUUCUCCAGGGUCACCACAGACCACGCCUCCCUCACCAUGGUGAUCCAGAUCUUUCAGUACAUCAUCUACGGCAUUGCCUCCUUCUUCUUCUUCUAUGCCAUCAUCCUGCUGAUUGAAGGCUUUUACACCACCAGUGCCAUUAAGAGGGAGCUGCAGAGUGAUUUCAAGACCACCGUCUGUGGACGCUGUAUCACCGCCUUCUUCAUGUUCUUGACCUACAUCCUCUUCCUGGCCUUCCUCGCCAUUUUUGGCUUCACAGCGAUCCCUGUUUUCCUUUUCUUCAACAUGUGGAAUAACUGCAAUGCCAUGAAGUCUCCUGAUGCCAAUAUCACCUCGCCUGACUCCAUCUGUGUCGAUGUCAGGCAGUAUGGUAUUAUUCCAUGGAAUGCCACACCAGGAAAAGCCUGCGGAGCAACACUGGGAGACAUCUGUAACACCAACGAGUUCUACCUGUCCUACCAUCUCUACAUUGUUGCAUUCGCUGGUGCUGGUGCCAUCGUUAUUGCAUUGAUCCACUACUUGAUGAUUUUGUCAGCUAACUGGGCUUACCUGAAGAGCGCCGCUUCCACACAUGAGUAUCAAGAUAUAAAAACCAAGGAUGACCAGGAUCUGGAGGCUGAAGCACGUUCCAAGGAGGGCCAGAACUCCUCCUCCUAUUCAUAAGGACAAGCAAGCGUCUCCCGUCUCCACUCAUUUCCUCCCCACACCCCCACACCCAGCGCCACACCCCCUUCCCCUCCAUAACACACACCAUCUCAGUCAUGUUUUAACGUCCCCCAACCUCCUGAUUCUCCAUCCUCUUCCCUUCCCCAAAGUAGAGGGGAAGAGAAUGGAGGAUCAUGAGCAACGGCAGGCCUAGAUGGAGGCAGAUGCUUCAGAACAGGAGAGCUCGCUCUGUCCAUGCCCCUUGGGCCAAGUUCAGGUACGGUAUCAGUUCAGAAGUGUCUCCUCCCUGCGUUGUUGGGGUGGCGGCUCGUGAACGUGGCCCGGCUGUGAUGGCCUCGCGUCCUGAGCCUCUUGACACACAGCUUGUAACAACCUAAAAAAAACAUUGUUUGCUGUUGGCUUCAGCCACAGGGAAACCAGACAGUGACCAACAUCCUCUGUUUUUUGGUGUUUUAUAUGCAUAUAUAUAUAUAUGAAUAUGAAUAUAUUGUGCGAAUGUGUACGAAUGUUGUUUUUUUUAAUACUCUGAAAAGUAUGGCAGGUUCUAUUAUGAUCUUUAUGUUUUUGCGCUCAUAGGUUUCUCUCCUUUAUUUUAGUCUCCAUCUUUAACUUUUUAUUGCUAAUGCUUGAUACAUUAUUGCACUAUUUAACAAAAAAUUUGUGAGAAUGAAAACCUUUUAAAAUACAAAGCACUCCAGCCCCUCUCUCAUUUGGUGUCUCAAGGAUUAUUGUGCAUUUAUAUAAUCAGUUUAUUUAACCACAGAGGUAUCAACAGUUAUGUAAGACCAGAGGUGUAGCAAAUCUUUAAUACAGGAAUGGAUCAGCGUUUUGGAAAAUUAGCUUUGUAUUUGUCGUCUAACAUUUGGCAAAUAUUUGCCAAAAUGUCAACGAAUUCUUUUGAAGACCUGUAUGUUUUUUGUUACACUCAUAAACCUUCCUCGGUCUCUAACUGACACCUCAGGUAUCAAACAAAAUCUAAUUUUAUCCCGUUAUGUUUUUUUCCCAAAGCUUUACCGUCGUAACACUUAACCUUACUGGACUGGUACACUGUCUUGUGUGAAUUAUACAGUGAAAUGUAACUGUUCUCUCAUUUUCUAAAAAAAUAAUCUCUCCUUUCGCCACCUGUAAAUAGCCAAAACACCCUAAAAGAUCUCUCGAGUUACACCCCUCCCAAACGGGGAGAACACAAUCAGUGUUUUGCCAUGUUCUUCUAUUGUUUCCCACAAAUAUAUGUAAAUGUACCCUUUGAGAUUAUGUGUUUAGCACUCAAAUACUAGUUCUGCAUUUGAUAUAAUAAUUGUAAUGUAACAUCUUAAAUGAUAUGUUGUGAGAGGGAUUCAGUGAUAUGAUGGAUUGAGGUGCUUGUGACGUAUACAUUUUAAAAACAUGAAAAAAAGGAAAUUGAUUUUUAAUGUUUUAUCAGUUUUAGGCAGCUGAGUUCUUCUUGUGAUUCAGUAAUAAUGAUUUUUUUUUGUGCUUCUCAUUCAAUGGCCAGCCAAAUGAGCGACUCCUGAACCCUUGUGUUGCUUCUUUUUCUUUCCUCUUCUUGUCACUUUAUAUUUUUCAUGUCAUGCCUCUCAUAUGCGCCACAGAGACUGUUUUGGAUGUUUACACUCUGAAUAAAACAAGUCAGGAAUUUUCAUACAUUAAUUUUAUAAUCAGAUAUUGUUUUAAUAAUCAUAAACUAUAUUCUAUAUUGAUCAUUACUGGUUAAUUUACUCUCUACAACACAGAAGAAGACAAAUUUUUAAUCUUUGAUGAGAUGAAGCAUGUCAGUAUUGUCCAUGUGUGCAGCUGUCUAUUCUGUAUAAAAAAAAGGACUAUAUUGCCAUGUGUGUUAUGUUUGAUAAAUAUUCGUGCUUUGCCGCCAGGUUGAUGUAAGGCAAACUUCAAUUUCCUAUAGGACGAUGCGUGUCAGGGUGUUGUUGUUUCCUUGUUAUUUGCAUGAAGGAGACAUGACUGUGUCUUUGCAGUUUUUCAGGUGAUGUGUAGUCAAUUGUACUGACAACUAUGGUAGGCGGUGUUUGCCCCCCCACCCUCCUCCUCACUCCCCUGCCCCACCCUUCCACUCUUUUCUAAUGAAAAUUCCAUUGUACUUUGAUGGCAUUGUAGUCCCUGUAGGUGUUUCAUUAUGGUUUUAUUUUUUAAGUUGGAAAUAGUUCUAUGACUCCUAUAUAGUGAUGAUUUUUGUAACCUUCUCUAGUAAAACCGAUAUUUUUUAUUAUCGUGA